UCUUCAUGCACGAUGAUCGCUUCCACGACAAGGAAAACCACAGCCGACCACGCCAGAGGGAGUUUUUCGGUGGCCAAAAGUUAAGGCAUCCGAAAGAUGACAGUGUGUGGGUGCAUGAUCUGUUUGAUGAGAUAAAUAUCCAUGAUGUUCAGCAUGACAAUAUAAGGAGGCCAACAAUUCCUUUUGGACCAUGGGCUGGUGAUAGAACUCAUGUUGUUAACCAUGGUUAUCUUGAAGGAACCAAAUCACCAUCAUACUAUCAUGGUAACAGGGCAGACUACAAGUAUAUCCCAAAGGGCUCCCUUACUCGCUAUGAAAGCAGCAACAACUAUAACAGAUUUCCAAAUGAAGCCCACACUUCCUAUGACAAUUCCAAGAACUACAGAAGUGUUCCAAGAAAAUUCCACUCCUACUAUGACGAGAAGAACUUUGAUAAUGCCCGAAGAGAACCUCGUACCUAUCAUGUGAAUGCUAUAGGUUAUGCACCAAAUGUUUACAGAGGGAAACCAUCUAGGCCCUACCAACCUCACUGGAAGAGUACUUUUGGAAUCUCUUCGGUGCAAAGAAAUAGGACAUAUUCCAGAUCACAGAAUGAAGAGGCUUGUUCCAGUGCAGGUGAGGGAAAGUGCUAUUAUCGGACUUCAGAUUUACAGAAUGAGCAAGAUAUUCCUUUGAAGGAAGAACUCCCCUUAAUUCAAAGAAGAAAAGCGCCACCUGCAAUUUUUAGUAAACUCUUCACAACCUCCGUUCAUAUGGCACAUAGUUCUCUGAAAACACAAUAUCGUCCUGUUUUGGGGGUGAAGCCUUUUGUUCCAUCUGGUGGGCAUGAAAAUGCUGUUGAUUCUGUUAGUACAGUUUCCAUAAAAGCCAUGCCCAGCCUUGGUUCUCAUUCAUCUCUAUCAACAUCAAACAACUACAGCCAAUAUUCAAAAUCCAGGGACCAAGGAGGUGGUUUGAACAAUGGUGAGUCUGCAAAGAACAUAUUUUCUUCAACUAGUCAAGCAACUGGAUAUGAUACUGAAUUCAGUGAUGCAGUCUAUCAGCAAAGGUCAGUUCAGCAACUCCAACCGAGACAAAGGGCAUCUACUCAGAUAUUUCAUCAAAACAUUGUCAGCACAAACAACAUUCAGUCUCAUCCACAAGCUACAUCGACAAGUUCAACUGAAGAUGCAGAGACCAGUCCGCCUCCUGGAUCAAAGAAUUCUGAAGCACCUGCUGUGGUAACAGGGCAAACUGAUAAGGAGGAACCAGUGAGUGCUUCUUUUUCGCAUGACGGUGGUCAAGCUCUUGGUGAUCAAGGGUUCCCUGGUACUCCAGCAGCAUUGCCAGCUAUGCAGUUCAGCGGCCAGCAUCCUAACAGACCUGAUAUUCCUUCAAUUGGUAUGGCUUUACCAGGACGUUUGUCGCACCAACUUGGUGGCAAUUCUGAGAUGAAUCACAUGACUUGGCUGCCAACAUUGUCUGGUGCUGCUGGGUCUUUUGGGGAAACAUAUCAUCCUUGUUAUCUUGGCAGUUAUUAUCCUCAACCUUCUCAACUUUCAUUUUCAUCAGUAUCCUCAAGAAACCAUAGUGUGACUGAUGUUCCUGUUUCAUUGAACUCCCAUGAGAUACCAGAGGUUGUAGAUCAAGAACUUCAGCAACGCAAGAACAAACCUCGCAGAUACUCCGAGAUGAGCUUUGCAUCAUGAACAUAACGAGUUUGGUGGCAACCGAAGUGAAUUGACAGAACCAGCUUUCAGUUGUGUACAACUAGCACAAUCUAUUGCCAGACUGCUCAAUUAGCACAGCCCAGUACUUUGUCAAGUCCAAGUCCUGAGACCCUUGUUUUCUUCUCUGAAGCACUUCGUUUUACUCGCUGUAACAACAUACACCAGGUUUGACUGUUUAGGUAAGCAAGUUCUUGUCGUAGCCGUAUGCACUGGCCUGCACCUUGUAGAUCGUGCUGGUUUUCUGGUACUCAAAUUGUUAGGUCUCUCGCCAUGACGAUCCCGAGGUUGGCAGUUACUAUUUGUGAAAUCUUUGUCGUGGCCAAGAGUAGUAGACUUGCUUCUGCUCUGCUCUUGUCUUGAAUUUUCAGCUGUUUUGCUAGCGUGGCCUUCGUUUGAAACUUCUUAUAUCAAUACCUUACAGUGGCAACACAAACCACAUCUUCCAUUACUGCUGUUCUUAGCAUAUCAUCCGUAGUUAGUGGCACAUGUCAUGUAUUCUUUUGACGGAACACAUUUGUCGACGUAUUCAUGUGCUGAUUAUGGUCCUCUUUUCUUAUGGGCUGCUGGGACAUAUAACUUGUUA